UUUGAUGAACUAUUUUUUAAUGCAGUUCCUUUACUGAAAGCGUAAUAAAUAAUGUCGUCAUCUGAAUAUAUUUGUAAAUAUGUUUUUAUUUUGAUUUAUGUUUUGCAUCAAAUUUUGAUUACACACAAUACUGCUUGCACCUGACUUAACGGACGAUAUUCCAUUCGAGUAUGCGUCAUUCUGGUAAAGAUAACAGGUAGUCAGAGGUAGGCGCUGAACAAUUAAAUGCGGGAACUUCAUUCCUCACGUUCGGGUAUUUAAUUGAAGCAGCACUGCACUUUCACAUCUACAAUUCAUCCCGUGCCUUCUUAUUGUUGUAUAGGCGACUAUCGUUUCUUUUCCCUCCAUUUCCGGGUACUGUAUUUGAAUUUAGUUGAGAGAUGCUUUCAUUGAAGCUUUUAUACAACAGUCCUUUGGCGACAUUACUUACUGGAUGGAAGAAGAAGAAGAAAGGAGUCGUGGUUCGUGCACUCGAUGAUCCAGACUUAGAAAAAGAUCCAUUAAGAGCAGAAUACGUAAAAUCUAUUCCGGAAGCUCAGCUUUAUAGGGGAGUACUGCUGCAACGCUAUUUAAUUCCAACCGACUUACUGGAAGGACUGGACGAUAUGUCAAUAAGGAAAGAUGAUGUGUUCAUCAUAACAUAUCCCAAAUCAGGUACGACGUGGACUGAGGAGAUUGUAUCUCUCAUUUACAAAGGGGGUGACGUAAGCAAGGUGGAAAAAGAAUUGCUUUUCAAUCGUGUCCAUCAUCUGGAGGUAGGACGACCGAUUGGUCAUCUUCGUUUCCUUCAGAAGCUGCGAUCGCCUCGGCUCAUGGCUACCCAUUUGCCUCUUCCAUUACUACCUCGACAGCUACAACGAAAGCCCAAAUGCAAGAUAAUAUAUGUGAUGCGUAACCCUAAAGAUACUGCAGUUUCAUUCUACCAUCACCACAAAAUGAGUAAUUUUCUUGGGAAUUCCACAGCUACCUGGGAUCAGUUUUUCGCUUACUUCGUGUCUGGAAACGUGGUAUACGGAUCAUGGUUUGAUCACGUGCUACCGUACUGGGAGUUCUGCAAGCACUAUCCGAAUAAUGUUUUCUUCAUAGCAUACGAAGAACUAAAACUCGACCUCAAAGGCAUGGUUCAUAGACUUUGUGAGUUUCUGGAACAAUCCUUAGAAGACGAGGUUAUAGAUGCCAUUGUCGAACACUGCACGUUCGAAAGAAUGAAGACAAACAACAUGGUUAACAGAGAAGUUGUGCCCAUUCCAGAUCUUUUUGACAUGUCCAAGUCAAAAUUUAUGAGAAAAGGUAUAAUUGGCGACUGGAAGAAUUACUUCACAAAAGAGCAGUCUGAAGCUUUCAACCAAAUGUGCCACAGUCGUAUGUCUGACAGUGACUUACCACUUGUCUUUGAGCCAGAAGAAGCGGCAGAGCUGCUCAUAAAUGAAGGAAGAAUUAUUUUCAACCAUCCACAGAGAAGUACAGAUGUAAACAAUGAAAAUAUAAUUCAAAGUGAUGAUGAAGACCAUGAUGAAGAAAUUGAACUGCAUUAUUCCCAAUAUGAACCUCGCUAUCCUGACAGAUCUUCGUGGCUGCCAUCUGUUCAUUUGCAUGUUUUACCUGAUCCUCUAACUCUAGAUGCAGUUGGAUGACAUAUUUUGCAGGAAAGAAAACUUUUCUUUCAUACAAUAUAUACAUAUAUAUAAAUGCAUUUUAGAAAACAAAAACCAUUUUUUAAGCUAAUAGAAUUUAGUUUUGAGAAGCAAACUCUUUCUACAUCAGGUAUUCAAGAAACAUUACUACAAGCUGUGUAUCCUUAAAUAUUGAAACCUAGAUAAUUAAACUCUUUCUAUCUGGAUAACUAAGGGGGAACCUAUGUUCCAAUAAAAUAUUUAGCAAUUGAAAAA